AUGAUUUUAACAGGUAUAAGAAGAAUUGGAAAUUAUACAGUUGUAAACAGCGGUGGCACUGCCAUGAUAAAUUGCACAUGGAGUGGUUGGCCAGCGCCAAGGUUGGAGUGGCUCCACAACGGAGUGCCUCUGGGGGCAGGCGUCGCGGGAGGCAGGACCCGCAUCCAGAACAACGGGGAACAACUGAUCAUAGCGUCGGUGCAUCGCGCCGACCGCGGCGUCUACCAGUGCGUCGCAAGGAAUGAGCGCGACUCCGCACAAGCCAGCGCUGAAUUGAGACUUGGCGAUACAGCGCCUGAACUUCAGUACACGUUCAUAGAGCAAGUGCUGAGGCCAGGACAAGUCGUCACCCUCAAGUGCUCGGCUGCUGGGUCACCGCCUCCACAUUUCUCGUGGCUGCUUGAUGGGCAACCUCUAAACACUAUAGCUAGAGGACACAGAUACAGCGUAGAGCAAUUCGCCACGAAAACGAACGAUGUAGUUAGUUAUUUGAACAUUUCGGCGGUGAGAUCCGAAGAUGGCGGUCUCUAUACCUGCAGAGCUGCUAACUCCCUUGGCGAAGUCUCACACACAUCCCGGCUCAAUAUCUAUGGUCCUCCGUACGUACGUUCAGUCGGUCCUAUCAGGGCCGUGGCUGGUCGAGAACUAGUGCUAUACUGCCCUUACUCUGGCUAUCCAAUCAGUUCCGUAAAGUGGGAGAGAGACGGCAGUCCAAUUGCAUGGGAUAAUAGCAUCGAUGGUGCUUUGAGGAUACCAAGGGUGGAUUCGUCCCAUGCAGGAACCUAUAAUUGUGCAGUGAUGGGUUCACAUGGGGAAAUUGCUAGGAGGGACUUGCAGCUGGUUGUAAGCAAUCCUCCAGAAAUCGAACCAUUUUCUUUCUCUGCAAACCUGCAGGAAGGUAAAAGAGCUCAAGUUAGUUGUAGCGUAACAUCCGGGGACAUGCCCGUACACUUCACUUGGCUGAAGGACAACGCGCCGAUACCUUCCAAUUUGCAGGUGGAAGAGCGAGGCGCCGAUUUUUUCAGCAACCUCGUAUUCAAAGAGGUUUUCGCUCGGCACAGCGGGCUUUACACUUGCGUGGCCUCCAACUCGGCGGCCAAAGUUAACUACACUGCCGAACUGGUGGUGAAAGUAUCACCUAAAUGGGUGAUGGAGCCAAGGGACGAGGCAGUCUUGGCUGGAGAACCUCUGGCGCUACACUGUCAGACCACUGGAUCACCGACGCCUCAAAUCACUUGGAUGAAGCAGAGAGGUCCAACUUCGACCGACUUCAUACCGCUGGUGAACCUGGGCGGCAGGUUCCAGUUCCUUUCCAACGGCACGCUGUACAUCGAGUCGGCGCUGUCCUACGAUGAAGGCAGCUACAUGUGCCGCUCCGAGAACGGCGUCGGAUCGCCGCUCACCAAGACCAUCACUGUCGCUGUUAACGAGCCGGCGCGGUUCGAGCUGACAUCGCACAACAUGACGGCGCGGCGCGAGGCGCCGGCGCGGCUGGAGUGCGACGUGCGCGGCGACAGCCCCAUCCGCGUCACGUGGGCUCACAACAUGAACCAUCUAGAUCUUAAUACUUAUAGGCUAAGCAUCUCAGAAGCAAAGACUGAUAGUGGUUUAAGGUCCCAUCUGUACAUCAGCCGCACCGAGCGGUCUGACUCCGGCGUCUACAAGUGCCAAGCCGUCAACGCCUUCGGUCACAGUGACCAUUAUAUUUAUCUUUCCGUCCAAGAGAAACCCGAUACACCGCACUCCCUGUCCGUGACGGAGAUCCUGAGCCGUGCAGUGCGUCUGUCCUGGAGCCAGGGCUUCGACGGCAACUCGCCGCUGCUGGGCUACUCGCUGCAGCACUGUCCGCUCUCCGCGCAGGGCGCCAUCCGCAUCAACCAGUGGGACUCCGCCGUUACCGUCAACGUGUCGUUGCACGGUGGCUCUCAGCCGCAUGUGACAUUGACAAAAAAAGGAGACAUACACUACGAGGCGUUCUUGAGUGGGCUGCGGCCUCAUACGGCCUACAUGAUUCGCGUCGCAGCUGUCAACCAGAUCGACAGGAGCGCCUUCACCGAACCAGUCGUUGUCAAAACGCAGGAAGAAGCCCCAUCAGAAGCGCCGACAUCGGUACAAGUGGUCGCGGGAGGUGCCGGCGAAUUACACGUGUCAUGGCGACCGCCCCCGAGAGAGGCCUGGCACGGCGAGCUGCUGGGCUACAGCGUGAGCUGCACCGAGCUGGGGCCCGACUCGCUGCCCCUCCCCAACACCACCAGGACGCUGACGGUGAACGGGUGGUCGGCGACGGAGCUGAGCCUGUCGGCGUUGCGCAAGUUCACGCGGUACGCGGUGAGGGUGCGCGCCUUCAACGCCGUCGCCGCCGGCCCGCCCUCCGCGCCCGCCACCGCCACUACGCUAGAGGGCGUGCCGGAAUCCCACCCGCGCGGCGUGUCGUGUUCGGCGCUGUCCUCAUCGAGCGUAAAGGUGUCGUGGGGCGCGCCGCCCGCCGGACAACACGGCGGCCUCAUACAGGGGUACAAGCUCAUCUACUCGCCGCUCACCGCCGACCACGCGGACGUGGGGGAGAUAAAACGGGUGACGACAACAGAGACGUACCUCCACACGCUGCGCAAGUACACCAACUACUCCAUACAAGUGCUGGCGUUCACCAACGCCGGCGACGGCAAGCGCAGCCCGCCCGUCUACUGCAUGACGGAAGAAGACGUUCCCUCUGCUCCAGAGAAGAUCAAAGCUCUAGCGUACUCCAGCGACUCCGUGCUCGUUAGCUGGAUACCACCGCUUCAUCCCAACGGGGUCAUAACGCACUAUACUGUUUAUUACAGGGAGGCCGGGCGCUUAGGCAAGCACUCGAGCUUCACGGUGUCAGCGGAAUCGAAGCCGGAGAUGGAGUUGAUGUACCAAGUGCGGAACCUGAUGGAGAACCAGCUGUACGAGUUCUGGGUGUCCGCCACCACGGGCUCUGGUGAGGGGGAGUCCACUCUCGUCGUUGGGCAAGGUCCUAGCUCUAGGAUCCCGGCGCGGAUCGCAUCGUUCGGGCGGCGCGUGUGCGUGGGAGCCGGCCGCGCCGCCUUACUGGCGUGCUCCUGCGUCGGCGCGCCCCCGCCGCGCUCCCGCUGGCAGCACGCGCGCGCGCCCGUCACGCACCACGCCUACUACCAGGUCACGCACGCCGGACACCUGCACAUACGCGAGGUCAACGAGCAGUCUUCAGGCAACUUCACUUGCACGGCCAGCAACUCCAUCGGAGAGGACUCCAUAAUGUACACAGUGGUGGCGGUGCUCCCCCCGUCACCCCCCACGCUGUCGCUGCAGUACACCACCGCGUCAAGCAUCAAACUUCACUGGCAGAGAGCUGCGGACGCCGUGGACCCUAUAUUGGGGUACCUUCUUCAUUUCAAGCAAGCGUCAGAGACCGACUGGCACACGGUAGAGCUGUCGCCAGAAGUGACGUCAUACACCAUGGAUAUGCUCAAAUGUGGGUCCACGUACAAUGCCAAGAUACAGGCCAAGAACAAGAUAUCUGUUGGGCAACCUAGUGAAAUACUGACUGCUACCACGAGGGGUGGACGUCCGAAGCCGCCAAAACCCGAAGAGCACGUGCACAUGAACUCUACCGCGAUAAAGAUCAACUUCUACGCGUGGCGAGACGGCGGCUGUCCCAUACUUGGCUUCAGAGUAUCAUAUAGGAGAGCUGGAACAGAGCAUUGGAUCAAAGUGGGUGAUGAACUAAGCUCCGCCAGUCACGUGAUCGGUGACCUGAUGCCCGCCACGUGGUACGAGCUGGCCGUGGAGGCCUACAGCGACGCGGGUGCGGAAAGAGUCACGCUGCUGGCUGAUACAUAUACGAUAGCGGGAGGCCGUAUUCCUCCGUUGAAGCCAUCAGCACCGCUGGCAGGCAGCGCGCGCGGCGGCGUGCGUACAGCACUACUGGCGGCCGCCACCGCGCUGGCGCUGCUGGGGGCGCUGGGCGUCGCGCUGUGCCUGCUGCUGGCUCGGGGCAGAUUUUCCUGUAUAGCAAGUGAUCAUUACAUGAGAGACGAUAGAAAAUUAAGUGAAAGUAACGAAGCUGAAAGAGAGAAGUUAAGAGAAGGACAGAAACUGUACUCAUCAUCGUCUAUAAAUGGCAAUGAGAAAUCGAAUGACGACUCUUCGGCGGAGUUGUACGAGAUAAGCCCGUACGCUACGUUCGGCGCUAGCGCGGCGCACGCGCUUCAGUUCCGCACGCUCGCGCGCCGAGACCUCGACGCCGCGCCGCCGCACCGCCGCCGGCGCCGCGCCUGCGACCACUACCGAUACGACGAGUCGAGCUUGUCUAAAUGCUCGACAGUGGAGGCGCGACAUCGACUGCGCGCGCCCAACGCGCCCGCCUGGCCCGCACACGCCGCACACGCGCCGCACCCCGCACACACCGACAGCGACGACAACAGCGGCGACAACACCACCACUAAAGGAUCGGGCGGGUCCCCGUGCGGCAGCACGUACGGCAGCGGGCGGCGCAGCGCGCGCACCACCAGCAGCGGAGGCCCAAACGGGAGCGACGGGCUCUCUGGAAGUUUCGCUCCAGCCGCUCCAGAUAUAUCUUCUUUAAUUGAUAAAUACCAGCAAAGGAAGGAACAAGAACGUCGGGAAUGUACAAUUCAUGUAUAG